AUGAGCGCGGAUUAUCAUCACGUGGUUGAUGACUGUGAAGAGGCGUGGGUCGCGUGGGCGCGUUUGAAGACGCUGUACGGCGGGUCGCAGAAGGCUGGACGCAUCUACUUGAAGCGCCAGCUGUUCAGCAUGGAGAUGGCGGAAGGCGGCAAUGUGAUGCAUCAUUGCAACGAAGUCCUCAACAUCAGCGCGAAGCUCAGCAGCAUCGGCGCCAAGAUGGAGGACGAGGACGUGGCGAUCUGCUUGUUGCGCAGCCUCCCCAAGAGCUACGAGAACGUCGUUCUCAACUUGGAGAUGAGCAGCGCGGAACUGCGAUCGCGAGACGUCGUGAGAGUGCUCACGAAUGAGCACAUCAAGAGACAAGGUGACAAGACGACAUCGGUGAAGACUGAAGACGCGGCGAAGGCGUUCAGUGCCGAGCGUGAACCUCGCCAGUGCACAUACUGCGGAAAAUUGGGGCACACGGCGGAGCGGUGCUGGACCAAGCAGAAGGACGAAAAUCAAGGUGGAGCUCGACGCGGCGGCAACAAUGCUCGUGGACGCGGAGCCAACAACGUUCAGUGGCGAACCAACAGCAACUACGAUGACAACUACGAUCGAGUUGCGUUCGCGGUUUCGCUGGAGGCUGGACUUUCGACGGGCAAGAAUAUGCCAGGGAUGUGGGCAGUCGACAGCGGUGCGACGCAUCACAUCUGCAACGACAAGGCCAAGUUUGCAAGCCUGAAUGAGCGAGAGGAAGGCGAACUAUCAGUGGCUGAUGGCAGCAAGGCUGCGAUCAAGGGUGUGGGAACCAUCAUGGAACGGGUGGUUCUGCCCAAUGGUGACGAACUCGACAUCGAGAUCAAGGACGCACUGUUCGUACCAAGUAUGAGCAAGAAUCUGCUUUCGGUGCCACAGAUCAACAAGGGUGGCAGGUUCCAAGUCGUGUUCGAUGGAUCCAAGAUGUAA